AGCUUUCAAGAAAUGAGUCAAUCCUUUAACUCAGUUUGGAUAAUGAGAUCAGAGCUGCAUAACCUGUGACCAUGACGACUGAAGUUGGCCCAGAGACUGAAGUAAAGAAGGAAUCUGAGCAGCUGGGGGCAGAUGCAGCCAAGGAAAAACAUGAGGAAGCAACAGAGAGUCAGGAAAAUCAAACGUCUGAAAAGACACUCUCUGAAGAGGCACAACGUUCUCCUUCCCCAGCACUAGCUACCCAAAGCAGCCCAAGUAGUCCGAAGAAGGAAAAAGAUCCAUCUGAAGGCAAGGGAAUCUCUCGCUUUAUCCCCCCGUGGCUUAAGAAACAAAAAUCAUAUACCUUGGUGGAGCCCAAAGAUGAAGCCAAGAAAAAACCUGUAGAGGAAAGACAGGCAGUGGAGGAGAGAGAGAGUCAACUUCCAGACGAUAUGGCUCAGCCGAAGGGAAACUUGGAAGAAGCAACAAUUGAGAGCCAACAGGAGGCUAAAGCAGAUGACAAGGAAGAAAAGCAUUCUGUGAGCAGUGCGGACACACAGCCUGCUAAGGAAGACAAUAAAGAGAUUGAAGUAGAGAAAGUUGCUGAUGAGCAGGAAGAAAAGCAAAAAGAAAAGAGGGAGACCAAAGAGGUACAAACAGCUGAAAUCAAAAUGGAGAAAGCGUCUCAGAAAGCUCCCAAGAAGAUUAAAACUGUGCCAUGCAAAGUGAUGCUCCUGGAUGGCACCGAAUACAGCUGUGACCUAGAGGUAAGACAGCAAGCCUUAUAUAAAGAGAUCUGUCUCUGUAGAAAGACACCAAUGAGUUCA